GAACUUCCAGUUGGAGGAGGUGGCUGCGCCUGCGCAGGCGUCUGCACCUGAGCGGAGGGGCGGGGCGGAAGAGGCGUGGCUUCGGCGUCUAUGACAGCCGUCCCGUGAAGGUCACAAAUCAAGUUGACCAAAACUUCAGUAUAUUCUUCAAUUCAAAACGAAAUGAAAAUAUCCAUGUUGCUACUAUUUCCUCACCGUCAUUUUCUUAGGAGCCUUUCAACAACACCUUUCCAAAACUACCAAUUCGUCUUUCACUAUAUUCAUUUUGGAUCUGGAUUCCCAUGUACUCGACUUCUUAAUUCUGUUGGAUUGUUUCACGCAAAGUGGAUACUACCAUCAUGUGGUUUCAAGAGAAAACUAGGCGUACAGACAACCAUAAAGCUACACACAGAGGGACUUUCUGACAAAGAAGGAAGAUUUGUGAAUAAACUUUACACUGGUUUAAUUCAAGGGCAAAGGGCCUCCCUAGCAGAAUGUAUUACUCUUAUAGAAUCAACUCAUAGCAGGAAAAAAGAGUUAGCCCAGGUCCUUCUUCAGAGGGUAUUAAACUACCACAGAGAACAAGAGCAAUUAAAUCAAGGAAAGCCACUGGCAUUUAGAGUGGGAUUGUCUGGUCCUCCAGGUGCUGGGAAAUCAACAUUUAUAGAAUGUUUGGGGAAGAUGCUUACUGAGAAUGGACACAAAGUAUCUGUAUUGGCUGUGGACCCUUCCUCCUCUACAAGUGGUGGUUCACUUUUGGGUGAUAAAACACGGAUGAUUGAGUUGUCAAAAGACAUGAAUGCAUACAUCAGACCAUCUCCUACUAGAGGAACUUUAGGAGGUGUGACAAGGACUACAAAUGAAGCUAUCCUUCUCUGUGAAGGAGGAGGAUAUGAUAUCAUUCUUAUUGAAACUGUAGGUGUGGGGCAGUCAGAAUUUGCUGUUGCAGACAUGGUUGAUAUGUUUGUUUUAUUACUACCACCAGCAGGAGGAGAUGAAUUGCAGGGCAUCAAACGUGGUAUAAUUGAAAUGGCUGAUCUGGUAGCUAUAACUAAAGCUGAUGGGGACUUGGUUGUGCCAGCUCGAAGGAUACAAGCAGAGUAUAACAGUGCAUUAAAAUUACUCCGUAAGCGCUCAAAAGUCUGGAAACCAAAGGUAGUACGCAUUUCUGCAAAAACUGGAGAAGGCAUUACUGACAUGUGGGACAGAAUGAAAGAAUUCCAGGACCUCAUGCUCACCAGUCACGAGCUCAUUGCCAGGAGACGAAAGCAGCAGAAAGUCUGGAUGUGGAGCCUGAUCCAGGAAAGUGUGUUAGAACGUUUCCGAAAUUGUUCAGCAGUAAAGGACCAAAUUCCUUUUCUGGAGGAAAAGGUUGCCAGUGGGGAUCUUUCUCCAGGACUAGCAGCAGAUAUAUUGUUGAAAGCUUUUAAAAUCUGAGACUAAUUUAUGUGAUCCUUAAAUAUGUUAAAAUAUUUUAAUAUUAAAAUUCUCUCAUGAUAUUUA